GAUUUUUCCUAAGAGAACGAAGGAGAAUUGUCAUCUCAAAUUCUCAAUUCACAUCCGCACAGCAAAGCUCACGUCUCUCUUUCUUUCUCUCUCUCUCCUCUUUUUUUUUUCUUCCUUUAUCUCUCUUCCCCCACCUCCCCACUCUGGCUCGUAAAAGUCGACCAAAAACCAUAACCACCAAGACUUGGAGAUGAUAAUUGAUGACCAAACGCUGACACUGAGCUUUAGAUAAGAAUGGCAACUCAGCUGCUAUCUCCGACUAUAACUUUUCCUUCUCUUUUCUGUAGCAACAGUAAUGGAGUCGGUUUUUAUAAAUUCCAUUCUUCCCCUUAUUCUCAUCACGUCUCUGUUUCUUCUUCUUCCUCAUUUCCGAUGGCUAAAACCAAUCAAUCCACUUCUAGACUAUGUUAUUUGCAAACCCAUUUACCCAAAUCAGGCAAUGGAUGCUCGUGGAUUCAAGAUAACUCCUUGUUCCACAAUGUUUCUGCCUCCGAGUGUUAUCGAGGCUCUAUAUGUUAUUCAUUACCCACAAAGCCAGCACAAGUUUCCACUGUGGAGGAUCUUUUUGAAUUCAUUUGCUCAGGUCCCUUGAUAGAAAAGCUGGGUUUGAGCCCCGAAAGUGUGGCUGAUGCCAUAGAUAAAUGGCUAGCUUAUGGCUCUUACCUUUGUCGAUUGUUCAAAGCUAAUGAAAUGGAGCUCACAAUUCCUCAGAAAGCAAGGUUUUAUCACUACUAUAUACCCGUCUUUUUUUGGUGUGAAGAUCAGAUUUCUCAACACCAAUCCUCAUUUAAAGAAGGAGAAGAAAUACCUCCCUUAGUGAUAGGAUUUAGUGCUCCGCAAGGUUGUGGGAAGACGACACUCGUGUAUGCUCUGAAUUAUCUUUUUGAAGUAACAGGCAGGAAGUCUGCUAUGUUAUCCAUUGAUGACUUCUAUCUGACAGCUGAGGGGCAGGCACAACUGAGGGAAAGAAACCCCGGAAAUGCACUUCUAGAGUUUCGUGGAAAUGCUGGAAGUCAUGAUCUCGAACUGUCAGUUGAAACGCUCACAGCUGUAUCCAAGUUGACCAAGGAAGAUAAAGGUUUAAAGAUGAAGCUUCCCAGAUAUGAUAAAUCCGCAUACAGUGGAAGAGGUGACAGAGCUGAUCCUUCCACUUGGCCAGAGGUUGAAGGACCACUUACAGUCGUCCUAUUCGAGGGCUGGAUGCUUGGCUUCAAACCACUCCCCACAGAAGCUGUCACAGCAGUCGAUCCACAGCUCGAGAUAGUGAACAACAAUAUGAAAGUGUAUUACGACGCUUGGGAUAAGUACAUAAAGGCUUGGAUCGUGAUCAAGAUAAACGACCCCAGUUGCGUUUAUUAUUGGCGUCUACAGGCAGAGAUUGCAAUGAGAGAGGCCGGAAAACCCGGAAUGACCGACGAAGAGGUUAGAGAUUUUGUUUCACGUUAUCUGCCAGCCUAUAAGGCUUAUCUUCCCGUGUUAUACUCAGAAGGGCCAAGUGGGUCAGAUCCAAAGCGUCUUCUUGUGGUUGAAAUUGAUGAAGAAAGGAAUCCAAUUCUUGGUUAUUAGGUGGAAAUUUAAAAAAAAAAAAAAAAAAAGUUGGUUUUUUAAGCUUUCACAUCUUCUUUUGACCACCUUUUUCUACCCCUCCCUAUAUGUGGAUAUCACUUUCCUACUUUUCUCUAAAGUAGGAGCUCUUACUUGAUUCAUUCAUUUGUAUCAAUAUGUUUCUCUUAUAUAUAAUAAAUCACAGUAUUUUUCUUUUUGCUA